UGCUGCCAUGACAACACUUUCUAAGUCUGUGAUUCAGUGAUGUUGAGAAAGGGAGGUCUCAGCAUUAGGAGGAAAACUCGGAUAGUACUGGCUGAAGCGAAAGCCGCGCUCCGUUCUGUGCUCUGACCAGCAAUGCGCUGCAUGUUUCGAACUGCACGCAAACAAAUUAAAGGAGACCCGCGUUUCGCUGUCCCGCUUGCGGUGCUGAACAACGGACAGAGCUCGGACCCCUCAGGAGGGCUCUGUCGUAGCGCCUCGGCAAAAUUAUCCACCACCCCUGGAAUCUCAUUGUACUUUUCUGAUGAUUUUUGUCCAAUACUUGCUCGUCAUGUUUCUGCUGGCAACUUACUGUAUUUCUUGAUGACGCGUGCAUCGUUUGCUUUCAAAGUUCACAUCGCAACUCGCUAGAAGUUAAAGCACUUUGUGGAGUUCCGUGCAGAUUUCAUUCUGUUGAACUGCUGGCGAAAAAGAAGGAAAUGUUCUGGAUGUGAUACUAUUUUUGAGUAACUCACUUCAUUUAUCAAAAUAAAUAAAUAAAUAAACAACCGACAGUCUUCAUCGCUGGGUGUUGUUUUAUAUUUAUUGGUGUUACCGUGUACUCGCAAGGGAGUGACGAUGCAGCAGAUUUCGACAUCCGCACCUCUGUAGGAAUUAUUGAUUAACAUUUCGGAGUAUUGUGUGUUUGUUUCUGGGUUGGCUCUUCUGUGUCCCUUCUGUCUGCUGGAUUUCCGAAUCUGCCUCUUUCACGUGACGGAUUUCUAUAAACUAAACAUUUGCCUCCCACAUCGUCAGAUUUGAACUGUGGAGAAUAUUGAUUACACACGCAGGGGGACAUUUUAAGGAAAAUGGGCAUUUGUAACAAUUUGCUGGUGUCCUGGAAGUUGCUCGUUGUGCUGUCUCUCAGGCUACUGUUUCUUAUACCCGCAGGAGUGCUGGUGCGGAGCGGGGAUUCUCCUUUCCACAGAGUCUUGGAUAAUCUGACUUGCAAGCAGGGAGAGGCGGUCUUGCUCAGCUGUGCACUGGACAGCAAGGUGACACACACGGCCUGGCUCAAUCGCUCAAGUAUCCUAUAUGCAGGACGGGAUAAGUGGUCCUUAGAUCCAAGAGUGACUCUUCAGUCCUACACUCAGAAAGAGUACACCAUUAAGAUUGAAAAUGUCAACGUGUAUGAUGAAGGUCUUUACUCAUGCGCCGUGCAGACCAACCACUUCCCCAGGACGACGUUUAUCCACGUCAUCGUGCAAGUCCCUCCCAAAAUCAGAAGUAUAUCAUCCAACAUUUCUGUGAGCGAAGGGGAUAAUGUCACACUGAAGUGCUUAGCCUCAGGAAAACCAGAGCCGGAAGUGACAUGGAAACAUCUCUCACCCAUAGCCCUAGACGCUGUAUCUGAAGGAGAGUUCCUGGAGAUAACGUCGAUUACCAGACACGAUUCUGGACUGUAUGAGUGUAAGGCUGUGAACGAUGCUGCCAGUGUUGCUCAGAGAGUCGAAGUGACUGUGAACUUCCCUCCAUACAUCUCAGACACGAAAAACGAAGGCAUCCCAUUGGGCUAUAAAGGGACUCUGCACUGUGAAGCGGUCGGAAUGCCAAUUGCAAAAUUUGAGUGGUACAGAGAUCAAAGAAGGAUCCUCAAUAAACUGAAUGGAGUCCAGAUUCAGAAUAUUGGAAGAGUUUCAAUGCUCACCCUUUUCAACGUGUCUGAGGAAGACUAUGGUAACUACACCUGUGUGGCAAUCAACAAAUUAGGCAGUGCAAAUGCAAGCAUAGUCUUAUACGAAAUAAAUGAGCCCACUAGCUCAACACAGUUACAAGAUCCGGUAGCAGUUCAAGAUGGGAAGAACGGCGCCCCCGGCGGGCGAGCUUCGGCGGGCCUGCUGAUGACACUCUGCAUGCAGCUGCUGCUCACGUUUUGAUGCAAAGCCAUUACCAAGGGCCAACAUCCAGAUUCGGUCAAUUUUGUUUUUUCUUUUCCUUUUUCUUUUUUUCAGCAAGACAGACUUUUGCACAACAUGUGCUCUGGCAACCCAAUUUUCGGUUUGAAUAUUGCAGAAACAGAUUUUUUUUUUGUGGAAGCCAAUGUACAGAGAUAUGUUACUGCCCUCUCUGUUGCUGCAGUUCAGUGUCCCGUUCUAAAAAAAAAGGCCCUCCAAAAAAUGGGGAUGUCUUGUUGUUGGGGAAGGAUGUGUUGUUUAUUCUAAUUGUUAUUAUUUUCAUUUCCUUUUUUUCAAGUUCUGGUUGGUUUUAUUGUCCUCUUUGGUUCUUUCUCAGUCUUGAAUGCCACUCUGACAUAUGCAGCAAGCAGGCUACUAAUAUGAUAUGUAUAAAGAAGUUAUAAAUGGUGGUAUUUUUGGUGAUGCGUGCUCUAUUUCUUUUUGGUAAUAUGAUGAAAUUUUUUCAGAGAAUAUAGAUUUUGAAAAUAUAAUUAUAUGAAUAUUGUUGCUACUAGAGUACACUUUCCAUAGCAGUAGCCGAUUUAAAGGGGUAUAUUGCCGACUUGGUAUUGGUUUGCUACUGACACAAAAUGAUAGACAUUAUUGAACUAACCAGUGCUCGCAACUCAGGGCUAAUGGGUAAAAAUCCACUAGCAACAUUACUCUUCUUUUCUAUUUUUAUUUCUUUCUAGCAAGAAACAAAUGCAUUUGGUAAUUCAUGAAAAAAAAAAAAAAAACUACGUAAAUGUAAUGCAAAGCUACUACAAUAUAUGUCAAUCUUUAUAAAAACUGAAAGCUUGUAUGUAUAUAUUGUGAUGGAGGACCCUUGUGUGCCCCUGCAGAUAGUUCUUCCAGAGCAUCCUCUCUAUCUACAAGGCUUACCAAAAACCCUACAUGUUCAAAUGAAUAUGAAGUUUAUUUGCCCAAAAAACUGUCAAAAUGAAAGGAUGACCAUAGCGUGAACACUAACCAAGCACCAAUUCUGGCUCUUUUGGUCUGCUGGAUUGCCCACCUUUAAACUCUGCCAUCUGCCCAUGUACAGUAUUUCUGUUUUCCUUCUAGCGAAGUCUUUGCCCCCCUUAUGUCCCCUGACUCUAGACUCAAUCAGCGUGCUUACAUGCACCUUAAUAACCCGGCCAUUUACCGAAUCCCAGUUUAAAAAAUGCCAUGUACAGUAUGCCCUUGUUCUGGUUAAAGAAAAACUGUGUUAAUGAACACAGAUUUCUCAGUGAGUAACACGGUUAUGUGGCCAUGCAAACCCUUAACUGGGUUGCAUUUAAGGAUUUUGUAGCCUGCGCAUGUCCAUUUUAUUCUGUUAGCCUACGCAUGUCUUUGCUUCUCAUGUGGAUAAAGCAGCCACGGGUAGAAAAUGGUGGAAGCAUCCAAAGAGAUAAUUCAAAUGCUCGGUUGUUCUCAAUAUUCCUUCUCCUGGUUGAAAUCACCUGUUUCAGUAUUUCAGAAAUGACUAAAUUUAUGUCGAUGCUGUAUUAUAAUAGUAAUAAUAAUACAUUUUAUUUUUAUAGCGCCUUUCCCAUGUGUACAAUACUAAACACAGCAGCACAAUCUCGGAAGACACAGACUCCGUGCUUGUUUUCAGAUUCAUGGCGGCCAUUGAUGAUGUUUAACGAUUUCUUUGACAGAGCAUUUUGCCAAAGGAGGACUAAAUAAAUGGACUCACGUAUAUAAAUGGGGUUUGGAGAAAGCAGGUUUCCGUCUUAACUGGGUCACUGAUUUGCCUGUGCAUAUAAACGCACUCAGUGAUCAACUAAUGCUAGCGAUACCCCGUGUGAUCUUAUGGCUGAUUUGCAGUCGUCGACUGAUUUUCUGAGUCGGCUCGAAUUUCUUCUUCACCAGCCAUCUUUUCACAUGCAGUAUGAGAGGGGGUGCGAUGUCCGAUUGCAUCAUUUGAUCGUGCUGUCAUACGACUGGAAGAGAUCCGGUCUUGUGUCGGGUGUCGUGUAGUGUGAACAGUCGCAUGAGCCGAUUUUCUGAGGAAGCCAUCAAAUUUGCCGAAAUUCAUUGUGUACUGACCCUAGAACUUUGCACAUUGGGUAUUGCCUUUGUCAAGCUCAUUUUCUUGUUUAUGAUUUCAAAAAGCUGGCUAUCAUAUAGCAACACACAUACAGAUAAAUGGCAUAUUAAAAAUGUAUCUUAGGAAACAUUUACAGAAGGACCUAAAAACACACACACAAUGGUAAAGUACAUACAUGGACAAUGUAUCUCCAGUUCUCUCUGUAAAGUAGACACAAAUGACAUUUUCCACACCUUCUGAACAUUCAACGUGUUCAGUUAUGUCUUUUCCUUUUCUUUGUAGUUUCAGAACACAGUACUUCAAGAGUCAGCGGUGCAGCACUUUUCUUUGUUGACAUCAUGAGAAGCCUGCAGUAGGCCAUAUUGUUUUUUGAAUGGCUAAAGCUUUAUUUCAAACUUUCAAUGGUUACGGCUGUCCGUCAGGGCCAUGUACACAUGUAGUCUGAUCUCCCACAUCGUGGCAUGUCAAUAGGAAUGAAAGGUGUUUGUACACUUUGAGCACAUACUGUAUAAGACAGGCGACUCUAUCGUACAGAGUGUGUAGUCGCUUAGAAAAAUUACACUGUGUAUGUGCAGCUUAACUGGGAGUAGCUUUUUCUCACCUACCCCAAGGCUUUACGUUUUAAGGGCCUGCGGCGUUGUUCUUUUUGGGCCAUCUACAUUUUCGCAAGUGAAGAUCACCUUGUGCCAACCGACAGGCCAGGGCUAUCUAAAUGUUGCUCUCUUGUUCUGGUGCCCAUGCACUAACUACUUCCAGGGCAUGCUUUGCAGCUGCUGGGAUUUCUCAGUCCCACUUACCUCAUGUGUGACUCUCUCAAAUCAAUUAUCUUCUCUUUGGUCUUCAUCUAUCCACACUGUCAUGUAGAGGGCCUCUAUAUUCACCAAAUAGGACUGUCUCCUGGUGCACCUCAUUUAUCCACAGUCAUGUAGAGGGGCACUUCAUUUUCUAGUGUCACAUCCACAAUACCCACAUUGAAAGGUAGAUGCAUAGCUCAUUCCCUAGUAUUAGAAUACCCUCAGUAGCCCUUCUGCCCACUCUGUCAUGUAGAUUCAUACACUAGUAAUCCUCAGUCAAUCCAUUCUGGCAUGCAGAGCGGCUCUCAAUCCACCACUUCUCCCGGUAGUCCACACAUGUGCAUCUAAGGCUCCUGAAGUCACCAGCCUACCCUGCUGGUGACCCACGUAUAAUCGCACUAUAAAUUAAGGAGCUCCGGAUUUGUCCCUUGAUUGCCUUCAUUUUUCCACACAAUCAUGUAAAGGGUGGCAUAUAAUGGAGUAAAACAAAAUGCUAUAAAGGGGGUUAGGGCCUCCAAAAUAACCAUGAAACAAGCCAGAACCUUCAGUGGCCUGCCCAGAACAGGCUCACCCAGAGAGUUCUACCUGCAGGCUGUGAUCUACACAGGCCUAACAAUGAGGCGCUUGCUUUUAAAUUUCAACAAUACGAAGAAUGUCCCAAACUUUACAAAAAUGUUUCACAAGGAAGAGAGGAACCACGAAACAAUCCAAGUGGAGAAUCUUUAUAUAUGAAAAUACUUUCGGAAGAUCAAAUGCUCAAAAGAAGGGCAAUAUGGAGGUGAACAUGUCCCAGUAGACAAUGCAAAGGCAAACACAGGAGCGCCUCCUGGUGCUCCACCCUCACAUGUGGCAGCACAUUUAAAGUAACAGUACAGAAGUAACACAACUAACUGAAAUAAUAUGACAGCAUUUAAACGUCAUAAUCCAAAAUUAACAAAAACAACAAUAAAGCCCUUUGGGACAGAUCAGUAUUACACUAGAAGGUGAGAUGAAGUUAUUAUUACUAUUAUUAAUUUUAUUGUUCAUUUCAGUAACUUUUUAUGAACUGCACAUUCAUAUAUCAGUAAAGUUUACGGAACCAUUUAUCUUCUAUAAAACGUCAAUAAAAAAACAAACCAAGGUUAUAAACUAAUCCCUUGUGAAAAGCCAUGUCAGUAAAACUGUCAUUUGAGCGAUACGGGCAGGACUAAAGUUACAGAGAUCCUCUGGCAAUAAUUACUUUACCCGAUGCCUGAAGUGGAAAAAUAGACCUGUCAGCAAGAGCGGCGUUUGGUGGUAGCAAGUGGAGCGACCGCUCCAGGCCCUAUGCCUAAGGAGGCCCCGCCUUUGAGGUCUGCGUGUCCUGUUCGAGCGGAUUUGUCUUAUAUUCCCCAGUUAUAUUUUGAUAAAGUCCGCUUGUUAUCUUGCAAAAAUUUAGCUGAAUACUGUAAUGAGAAAAUCCGAUGUAUGUUAACAUUAUUUUUAUUAAAUUUGCGUGCAAGUUUAUACAGUCCUCACAUACCGGUAACAGCGUUUGACGUAACCGGCCCCACUUGGGGUUGGUCACACUUAGGUCCCGCACACCACUAAGGCUGCCUAUGCCUGCCAAUCCACCAUGUUGUGCAUGCUGAGUAAGGGGGUGGUUAGUUUGGGAAGGGGGGUAUUCCUUGAGACAUCAGAAGGCAUGCUGAUAUACACAAUUUAUAAUGAAACACAUUGUCCCCGGUUUCAUUUGGAGGUGUGAUCAGACCUAUUGUUGCUAUACAUAAGCAAUAUGGUCCAAGAUGAUGGUCCACACUGGCAGGCAUACAUGAAAUACUGGUACUCCUAACGCAAGACCGGGGAAGUGGGAGUCUUACCACAUGUCUUGAUGUAACAUUAAUCCCAUCCAAAUAGGGCUUAAAAAGUACCACCAGUAAUAAUUCUAUUAUCCACUUCCUGAUGUAAAACUCAAUGUGAUGGAAUUGGCCAUAACACAGAAAAUAGAGAGAAACCAGAGCUCUGGCUGGAACACACUAAAGGGGCACAUAAUGCACAAGUAUGAUACUGCUCCUUGGUGGCCUCCAUACAUCCUUUCCAUUUUGUAAGUAAGUUCUCAUUUCCUCAUAGUGAGGCUCUUCCAUCUUCACGGCAGAGUUAAUGAGCUCUUACUUUACCAGUAUACCUUAUUGCUGCCCUAGUUGCCCCCAUAUGGCUGCACUAUCUUCACCCAUAUAAGCAGUGAAGAUAGUUUGAGAUUGUACUCCAGAGGCCACCAUUUAGGGCACAGUGGUGGCUCUGGGGCUAAAGAUCUGCGCUGGUAUCUGGAAGAUUGCCGGAUCGAAUCCCUGUUACUGUCAAAAGUGAACCUACUCUGCUGGGAACCUUGAGCAAUACCCUUAGCUUGCAAUUGGUCCGGGGGCACUGUACAAUGGCUGACCCUGUGCUCUGAUCCCCAGGGGUACGUGAAAACGAACAAAUUCCUAAUACAAAAAAUUUUAUUUGGCAAAAUAAAGAACAAAAUACUCACAACAUAAUUCAAACAAGUUCUCAAUUCACCCAUGUGAGCCUGACCUCUGAUGGCCCAUAUAUUUAAACGGUCAUGUGAAGGGGCUCUUAAAUCACAAGCGUAUUCCUGCCCUGAUGGUCCAAUACAGCCACGUUAACAUGUGCAUAGAUGCUAUAUCUUCCAGUUUGAGAUGGUGGCCCUCAUUUAUCCUCGCCAUCAUGCAAAGAGACUGUCAGUCCAACAAUGUAAGUAGGUUUCCUUUACAUUUUGCCAA